AUGACACUUUCAGAGCAACAAAUAUUGGCUAUCUCGGCCACAGAACGUGUUUGCUCGACGGUUUCCCUUGCUGGAACUUUUGUUAUAGUCGCUACUUUUAUCUGGUCCCCCACGUUUCGUAAACCCAUCAACCGCUUGGUAUUUUAUGCAUCAUGGGGUAACAUCAUGGCUAAUAUAGCCACCAUCAUAUCGGCAGACGGGAUUCAUUAUGGGGUUGAUAGUUCCCUAUGCCAGUUCCAGGGGUUUUUGAUUCAAUGGUUUAUGCCUGCCGAUGCACUAUGGACAUUCGCAAUGGCAUGCAAUGUCUACCUAACAUUCUUCCACAAAUACGACUCCGAGCAACUACGCCGGCUGGAAUGGAAAUAUGUGCUCUGCUGUUACGGUGUCCCAUUCGUCCCAGCUUUCGCAUACUUCUUCAUCCAGACCCAAGCCCAAGGCCGGAUAUAUGGCUCCGCCAUCCUCUGGUGCUGGAUCUCUGUACAGUGGUCCUUUCUCCGUAUCGCCAUUUUCUAUGGACCAGUCUGGCUCAUUAUCUCAUUGACUUUCGCCAUCUACCUACGAGCAGGGACGGUGAUAUACCAGAAACGGCGCCAACUUCGGAACCUCGGUGGCAUCGAGUCAGAUAUGGUCCCAGAGUCUCCCUUCGCCAUGUUAACUGGUAUCCACGUUACUAGAGAGAUUGCCUGUUCCACCCCAGAACGCCAGUCUUUGUCGGAAGGCGCCGCGCGCGGAUUACCCUCGAAUGCGUUCAGAGCAUACUCAGUCACGAUCGAGGGCGGGAAUACCACCAGCACACUUCAAGGUUCCAGCACAAAUAUCGGCCCCGGUUCUCUUCAGCAGGGGAGUUCUAGCAAGGCCGUACGGCCGGAUGCGGUGGACUCACAGCGGAGGUCGACGUCCACAGAAGCUAGUUCGGCUACGUGGGCGUAUACGAAAUACGCCAUGCUGUUCUUCAUUGCAUUGCUUGUUACAUGGGUCCCCUCGACGAUAAACAGAGUCUAUUCCCUUGCUCGCCCUACUGACUUUAAUUUCAGUCUCAAUUAUGCAUCUAGCUUUGUUCUUCCUCUCCAGGGCUUUUGGAACAGCCUUAUAUACGUCUCUAUCUCGUGGCCCGCAUUCAAAUUACUUUGGUCUGGCGUUCAUAGCCACGUCUCCUCAUGGCGCAUACUCCGUCCGGUGACAAAUGUACAAUCCUUUCAUCUACAAAAUAGUUCUCAGAGCUCGAGCCCUGCUCUUUUGGUGAAAACUGAGAACGAGGAGAACAGAGGUCGGAGUUGGCUGGGCUUAGAUCCAUCAAUUUAG